AUGUGGGACGUCGUUGAGCAAGGAAACUACAUUCCACUAAAUCAAGCUGGCAACGAGAUACCCAAAGCACAACGGAGUGAAAAGCAAAAGCAAAGAUUUAUGUUGAACUCCAAAGCACGCAACACACUCAUGUGUGCUCUGUCUGAGAAAGAAUACACUAAAGUUCACAGCUUUAGAAGUGCCAAACAAAUGUGGGACACCCUAGCUCUGACCUACGAAGGGUCUCUAGAGGUAAAGUGCAACAAGCUAAGCUUGUUGGCACGUAGAACUUAUGAUAACUUUGAUCAUAUUGACAAAUUACUUCGAAGUUUACCUAGGAAAUGGAGACCACAGGUUACUGCUCUAAGAGCGUCCAAAAAUCUGGAAAAGAUCUCCCUGAAGGAACUCAUUGGACUACUUAAGAUUCAUAAGUUAGAGUUGCAACAAGAUGACGCUGGGAGAAAACAAAAGUCUAUUGCACUAAAUGUGUAG